AUGUCAUGGCCACGUUUCACGUACGUAGUAGAGUUAAAUGUUGACAGUGUCCGUAACACAGAUCCUCAAAGACUUGGAGUGAUCGACAUCAGACCAAAUUACGUAAGCAUGACUUCUAACUAUUCUUGGCAUUUUUACCGGCUUCGUAAGACACACCGUGUAACAAAAAAGUUUAUAUACUCUCGCGUUACGUAUGAUAUGUUCAUCUCUUUCAUGCGUGACUUGAGCCAAACGCGUGACAUGCACUGGUUGUGAUAUGAAAGUCCUGAAGUGUAGUACUAAAUUGUUUGUAGAAAGUAAUCUUGAUUUCUUCAGGGUAAUUUGGUGUAAUCAACUGAGUUUAUAACGUAAAUUGGCCACCAUAAAGAGUUUAAAGGCUGGCCUUUCAAGCGUUAGCCCUUCGUCAGAGCGAUCGUAUCGUUAAUCAGUGUAAUCAGCUGAUUACACUAAAUUACUCUGUUAUACUCUCCCACCGACGCAGCACGACAGUUUCUUAAGAAACUUACCCCCUUUUUUCAUUUAUCUUGAUUUCUUCAGUUUUUUUCAAAUGUGUCUUUCGUUUUUUUAGAUAAUCCGUCGAUAUGCAGAGUUUUCUGCCACGACUGUCAGCUUGAAUGAAAGUUUUCCAGAUGAGAAGGUUAGAAUAAUUAAAUUUAAUUCACUUACUGUGAUCUCUUUCUUAAUUUUAUUUUGUACUUUAGGUGGAAAAAUUCCUUGUGGCAACCUCCUCUAUUCACCAAUUUUUUUUUCAAGGUAAACAAAGUCCUUGCAGCUUUACGAGUCGAGAUCGAAAACUUCAUUUUGCGUAUACCCGCGGAGUUUCCUUUAAGGAAAGAACAGCAUAUUUUCCUAAUCAACAACUACGAUAUGAUGCUGGCUGUUUUAUUGGCAUGUUUACACAGAAACACCUGAUUUAAAGUAUCAUGAAUAGUAAAUGCCUGACGGUAAAAGCGAAAGCGAUUUAUGGCCGCCUAAUAAGAAUUGGAAAAUGUGACGGUUGAAUUCUUAUCGGGGUCAUUUUUUCUUGGUUGUGUGUGUAAAUUUUGUUGUGCUUGUUUGUUUGUUUUGGAGUGCAAUAAAUACACUCUCUGUUGUGCCAACAUUUUAUCUGUUCCCUUUUUUAGGAGAGAACAUCUGAAGACUCCAAAGAAGUGGAAAGUUUUCAGCAGUUACUCACAGCCAGAAUUCAGGAGUUCGUUGAAGAGGUGUGACCUGGCUCUGUUCUUUCUAGUGUGGAGAAAUUUUUACCCAAUGAUUUUAAUUAAAUUAGUCUCAUAAUUGUCAUGACUCCUUUUUUGUCUUAAAUUUGGCCCUGGAAGGGCAAGCCUUUGAUUGAGAAUGAAGAUGACUUUAAAUUACUUCUUUAUUCGCAGGCUCUCUCUCCCGCUUUUGGUGUAAUGAUUGCCUUCGUUAAAGAGACAGAGCCUCUUUUGGAAAAAGGAAAAGGACAAGGACAAGUCAUCUGGCCAGAUGAAAGUAUGUCGGCUGUUCAGUAUUUGCUCCGCUGAUAUAUACUUUAUUUUAUGUACUCAUUUCUAUUUUGUGUACUGUACAAGUCGAAAAUCUCUUGGCUCUGAUGAUGACUUCUGUUGUGGUUGUCAAAACGUCAGCGACACCGACAAUUGCUUCCAGGGCCACUCGUACACCAAGGGACACACCACACAACGAGUUGUAUGUCUUCGGCCUGUCACUGAUUUCUUGUUUCCAUUUAGAACGCAUUCAACAACUUGUGCGUGGUUUCGCUUCGGACUGGAAAAGGUCAAUUGAAAAUAUAAAUCAAGAGAUAAUGAGAUCGUUCUUCAACUUCAAGAAUGGCACAACAAUUCUGCAGGUAUCACGUUCACAAAGAGUAGCUACUCGCAAAGUGAAUUAAGUCUUCGGUAUUUAAAUAACCUCUUGGGUGAGGCCAAGCACACACUAUUAGUUUGGUGAGAAACACAAGUUGCGAAGAAAAGUCCAAAUGGACAGAGGAAGAUACCCCAUGAGAUGGACUAGCUCUCGGCUUCACAGACCCCAAAUAUAAUACAUUGUUCAACUAGUGGCAUGUUAUGUAAUUAGCCUUUGAUGCAGACUCUAGCUCGCCCUCAUAACAAUUCUGUUUUAUAUUUCCUAGGCUGCUUUGACACGACUGAUCCAGUAUUAUCACAGAUUUCAGAAAGUUUUAUCUCAACAUCCUUUUAAAAGGCUUCCGAUCCGGAGUGAACUGAUUAACAUUCAUCAUGUGAUGGUGGAGGUCAAAAAACACAAAACAACGUUUUGA